UAUAGCUCCUAGUUUAAAAAGGGAACUCUAAUUUUUCAAUGUGCAUUAAACACUUUUGCUGAGUUUCGAACUACAUUGUCACAUUCUUUGGGUCGUCACAGUCGGUGACGCAGACAAUUACAAAGUAAAAGCAUAACACUACCUUAUCACCUUAUUUGAAUUUAGAUACGACCAAACCGUUUAAAAAGAAGGUUGAAAUUUGAACUUGUAUGCGAAUUUCGGUUAUUCGCGUGUGCAGCUAGUCGCUACAAAUUUAUCAUGAUUCUACGUUUACUAGUCUUGUCAUUUGUGACAAACGUAAGCGCUACGUACUCUCCUGUCAUAGGAGUUUUGACACAAGAAGCAACACUUAUAUCGUAUGCGUAUCGUAAUACCCACAGUUUCAUCGCUGCUUCUUACGUAAAAUUUCUACAAAAAAGCGGCGCUACAGUUUUGCCCAUAUGGAUAGGUCAAAGCAGAGCCUAUUAUGAAAGAAUUGUCAGAAUUACAAACGGUAUUUUACUUCCAGGGGGAGGGGUUUUCUUUCUUGACAAAAAAGGAGGUUAUGGAGAAGCAGCCAAAAUCAUUUAUGAAUCAGCGAUCAAAGCCAACGACAAUGGAAAUUACUAUCCUAUAUGGGGAACGUGCCUUGGUAUGCAGACUUUAAUGUUUGUAGGUUUGGGGGAGAACAUUCGAAAGAUAUGUCACGCUAAAAAUGUCGCUUUACCCCUCGAAUUAACUCCAGAUUACGACCGGACUAGACUGUUUUCCACUCCAUCCUCUAGACUUAUGCGUAAAUUCACAACAAACAAUAACACCUUCCACUAUCACAUCUUGUGCGUUUUCGUAAAACAUUUCAAAAACAGCAAGGCCUCGUCAGAGUGGAGAAUCGUGAGCACAAACAAAGAUUUAAACGGUGCAGAAUUUAUUUCCACUGUGGAACACAAAAAAUAUCCCUUUUAUGGAAUACAGUAUCAUCCCGAGAAAAACAUAUUUGAGCACAAAGAAAUGCUUCAGAUUCCUCAUCAUCCAGAAGCACUAGAAUUUGCUGAAUAUUUUGGAAAUUUUUUUAUAAACGAGGCCAGAAAGAAUAAUCAUACAUUUUAUCCCGGUGCUAUCGAAGAAAAUUCUUUGAUUCAUAAUUAUAGUCCAGUGGAUAGCAUUAGUAACUCUAUUUGGGAAGAGCUUUAUUUGUUCACGCGAGAUGAUUACAAUUAUGUUGACAGUUGUUAUACUGAUUUAAAUAGGAUAUAA